AUCUUGAUUUGGAUGACGAUGUCCUUAUGAUAGAUGAUUCAGGCAUAAGAAUUGACUUUGAUGCAGAAGGUUGUUUGCAUGAGUUUAUUACACAGCCAGAAGGACAACAAGAUACAGCUUUUAACGUAAUGGAUGAUAUAAUCAGAAGAGUAAGAGAUGAACACGAAGCUGGUCUUGAAGAAAGAAGAAAGAACAAAAGACGUAAAAUAAAUGAUACUACAAAUGAUGAAGGAUUACAAGAAAUGGUAGUUUAAACUUUAUCGUAUUAUAAUAAGAAAAUACGAAAAUAAUCUUUAAAAAAACUUGUAGGAAGUAGAUGAUGUAUUAGGAACCCAAUCUAUGAACAUCGAUGUUGAUAUUGAGGCACAAAAUAUGAGGAAUAAUGAAGAAAUACUACCCUCUGAAGAACAAGAUAAUAUAAACAAAGAAAAUGUGCCUGAUGAACAACCUGAACAAAAGCGUAGAAAUCGUCGUAAAAUUCGUGUAAUGUUUGAUGAAGAAACUGAGUUGACAAAUGAGCAGAUACUCGAAAUGCGUCAAAGCGUUAAAGAUGAUCUGGAAGAUGCUGAAAUUGCUGCAAGAGAAAAGACGAGAACACUUCAAAAUAAAAUGCAAUUAGAUAACAUUCUUUAUACUCCUGGAAAGCCUUUUCUGGCUCCGCAACUAGCCACUCUAUGGCAGCAGCAUUGCGCUCCUAUGCUUUACGAUGAAAAUGUAAAAAAGAGAAGAAUUCAAUCUUUAACUUCGGUUAUAAAUUUAAAUGGACAUAAUAACUCAGAAAAUAACAUUGAUGUAGAAGGACCUAAUAUUCCACGUGGCGUUAGAGAUAGUAGUAUUAAAAGUGAUGAACCCGAGCGACUUCGUAAAGAAGGAAGUCAGCAAAAUUCAGCCAUUAUAUCCGGAAUGGAAAGCUCAGGAUUUGACAAAUAUCCUGAAAUUGACCAUUUUCUUGAUCAGAAUUCAUCAAUGGGUGGCAGUAUGGACAUGAAUAUCGAUUUAUUGGGACAACUUAGAAGUGACGGUGGGCAAAGACUUGUUUCAAUGGGCUUCAAUGCGCCACCAAUUGAUUUCUCGGAUGAUAGAAUGUUAGACGAUGAUAUUAAUUUACCGAUAUUUGGAGAUUUGCCUCUGUUUGAUAAUUCAAGUCAAGCUCGCAUAGGACAGUCCAUGGCUAUAGCUGUGAAUAGCGAGCAAGAAGCAAUGAAUUUUUUUGAAUCCAUUAAGACAAUUAUGAAUGAUGCAAACGUAUCAAUUGCCACUCUUCAAGACAUUAUGGAAACUCAACAUGUUAGAAGAGCAGAUGUGGCGAGGGAUUUUUAUUAUAUCUUAGCACUUUCAACCAGAAAUUUAAUAAAAGUUAACCAAACACAAUCGUAUGGUAACAUAAUGAUCCAAGUUCGGAACGAAUGAUUAUCGGUUAUACAUUAUUUAUUAAAAUUUUAUUUAUUUAUAACUGGAAGUGCAUAUUCUUAUGGUCCAGAGACUUGAGGAUUAAGAUUUUCAAAGCUUUAUUUUAUAAAAUUCAGGUUA